UCUAAAAUGAAACUUCUCAGUCAUAUAUUCAAAUAAAACUUCAAAUUGUGUCAGAGUGAGAUAAUUUUUUUGGUAUCUUAGCUCAGUAAUUUCAUUUAAAAUAUAAAAAUGAACAAGUUAAAUAUGCUUUCGGCUAGGAAGGUUAAACUUCAUGGUAUGACCUCAGCAAAAUGGACCACUAAGGAUAAAAUAACACAGUAUAAAGGACUCAUUAAUCUUUAUUUAAGAGAUAGUGCUAUUUUGAAGACAGAUACGAAUGUAACGAAAAGGAGACAGACAAAAGAGUUGAAGCAACUCCAGAAACAAAUAGAAACGAAUAGAGGAGUAUUAGAUAAUGCUAUUAGAGGAGAUAAACAGCAACUUCGAAAUACUUUGUCUGAGCAUAGAGAAAUGCAGUUGGCAUACCAAAACCACCAACCUAAGAAAGUGAUAGAUGCAAUUCAUCAAAUCAAUUUCAAUAAGAGAAAAGAACUGGAUAAACUGGAGUUCCGAAUGAAGCAAAAAUCAGAUAAACUCAUAGAUCUGAAGUUGGAACUGGCAGUUCUGGAAGAUCGUUUGAAGUAUGCAAAUCCUAAUGAGUUUCCAGUAGAAAAACAAUCUGCAAUAGUAACUGGUAAAGUUCAAGAUGCGAUUUUGAAGAAAGAAGCUGCCUUGGCUAUCAGGCAGACAUUUAUACAAAUUAUCGAUAUCAUGAAAAAAGAUGCUCUUUACUUUGAUGCAAUUUUGGCCACAAUGAAAGGUGACGCAGAAGCACAAGGAGCGUGCAUGAUAAAUGCUACAAAACUAGGCCAAUUAGCUACUGAAUAUUUGGACGACAGAAGAAAUGAAUACAAAACACUAGAAAAGGCUGUGAAAAAAGAUAUGAUGGCCCGAAAACAAGACUUGAUGAUGAUGCAGGAAAAGAUAUCAAACUUCGCAAUCAAUAUAAAGCAACUGUUACGUAGAGAUAGUGAUUUGAACUUGGGCAUUAUAACGAUUGAGAAAACGGAAAGCGAAAUAGAACUGCGAGAAAAUUUUGCCAGAAUUGUGGAAACAUUGAACGCCUUGAAGAGCAGUACUUUGGUGUCCACUUUUGAAAUGAUUUAUCCUUGUUUUCAGACGCAACUGGAACAUUUCAAUAGACUAACAGAAUUGGCGCAAAAAUGCGAAGAAAACAGAGAUAUAUUAUUGAAGAAGUCUAAUCAUGCAGAAGUCAUGAGAGAUGUAAUGCAUAAUAGUAUGGUAGAUACAACUUAUCAAUACACAAGCGAAAAAAAAGAGUUACUCGCUCAAAUGGAAGCUAUGAAGGAAAAAAGAAGACAUCAUCUAGAAGUGUUGAAAAACAAGAGUGAUCUAUUGGCAAAAGUGAGAAUAUCUUUGCGACAACUUCAGCAAAUGGUGAAAAUUUUGAAAAUAGAUGGGAUACCACCUGAACGCACUCCACUUCCAGGAGAUGAAGAAACAAUUAUAAAGCCUGAAGAGGAUGAAAUCGAAGGAAUCAAAAUCAUUCAAUAUCUCAAGAAGUGCUUAACAAGGCUUAUGACUCAGGUAGCUUUGAGACAGCCAAUCAGUCAUGAAGAAGCGCUGAAGAACUAUGAAGCAAUGAUCAUUGAAAGGAGUAGAAUUAUUCCAUUGGAAGUGAAAGUGAGCGAUGAAUCUCUUCUGGAAGGGAUGGCUUUGGAAAUAACGAAUGUUCCAACUAGAGAUGAUAUAAAGCGAAUAAGCGAUGAAAUUGUUGAAAUAAAUACAAAGAGCGAGGAAUAUAUGGCUAGCCAUGGAAAACUUUGAUACCUAAUGUACUGAUUAACAAUAAUAAAUUCUACCAUAUUUUAUUUUAA